AUGGAGGAAUGUUUAGGCAAAAGUUAUGUUCUAGUGAACUCUGAAAAUUUGGAAGAUUUUUUCAUAUUCAUAGGUGUAGGUUAUCUUGCACGUAAAGCAGCGGUAACCCUAAAGCAAACAGUUCGCAUAACCCGCAACGAAGACGGUAGUUAUAAGUUCGAAUUUAUAUCACCAUUGAAGAUUUACGAAUUCGUAUUUACGCCAGGAGAGGAGUUUGAAGAAGUAAGACCAGAUGGAGUGAAGAUGAAAUCCGUAGCCACCAUAGAGGAAAACAAAAUGACCCAUACGCAGACAGACCCCAACGGCAGAAAAUGUAUACACGUAAGAGAAUUUUAUGGUGAGAAAAUGAUUACGACUACAACAGGGGAAGGGUUAGACAAAAUAGUAAAGAGAUACUACGAGGCACGAUGA